AGCAACCUUUCAAAAUGGCGGAUUUUUCUCUUGCAUUUUGACUUUAGAAAUCGGAGCAUAAAAAUGUCUGAAUCAAAGCUGACAAAUGCGCAAAAGGCACGCAUAGAGCGCAAUAGACAAAAGGCAUUGCUUCUUCGAAGUUCUCGCCUAUCGAGUCGUCCGUAUCCUCAGAGAUCGAAGGAUGAUGAAUGUAGAGAAUCAGAGGUUACAUCUAGUAGUGGUGGUACUUGUGUUAGUUUAUCCAGGGUUGUGGAUUCUGGAGGAGGGUUCUUGUUAGAUGCAGAAGAAGAGGAGUUGAGUAGAGCACCAAUAAAUAUUGUUGAGCAACCAGCACCCAUCCUUGGAGGCCAUCAACUAGUUUGUACAAUAUGUAAUAAAGAAUUUAUGGAUUCAUUGAUUUUUCGGAUUUUUGAUGAAUGUAUUUGUGAUAGUUGCAGAGAAUCUGAUGAGACAGGGGACCUUAAAUUAAUUACCAAGACAGAUGCUAAGCAGAAAUUUCUAUUAAAAGAUGUAGAUUUGGACAUGAGAGAACCAAUAUUGAAAUUUCAAGUCAAGAAAAACCCUCACCAUUCCAGAGGAGAGAUGAAGCUUUAUUUGACCUGUCAGGUCAAAAAACGUGCUUAUGAAAUAUGGGGUGAUGAAGAAGGCUUGGAAGAAGCAAAAGAAGAAAGAAUAGAAAAGAGAGAAAUACAGAAACAGAAAAAGUUUGACAAGAAAGUGAAAGAAUUGCGUAAGGCUGUCCGUACCAGUACUUGGAGAAAAAACAUAUCCAAGCAUGAACAUGACUAUCCAAAAGAAGGAGAAGGAGGGGAAACAUAUGACGAGGAGACAGACUCAUGGACUAAGACUUGCAAGACUUGUGGAUAUCAGUUGACAUUUGAAAAAAUGUAAAAUAAUAUACUCAGAUAUUACAAUGUCUUUUGUUAGCUUGAUAAUAAUUCAGGAAACAUGUAAAUAGGUUUUCUUUAUUAAACCAAAUGAAAAUAAAAAAAUAUACAAUUAUGUA